AUGAAGGUGUCUUCAUUUUCCAUCUUUCUCACGGCCAUGACUGCUAAAUGGCUUUCUCCUGCUGUUGGCCAAGCGGCGGCAGGUGACAUGAUCCCGAGUGAGCAUGAGACUCAGGAGCUAAUCAACCUGGUCAACUCAGCGAAGGCCGGAGAGACGAAUUCGGAAGAGUUUGAGCAAAUUGGAAGCAGUUUCCCUUCUCAUGAGUUUUUGGAACAUCUCAAGGCCAACCAAGCCAUGGGCGAAUCUGCUCGAAGUCCUAACUUGUGA